AUGGAUACCAUCAUGAGUUGCACAAAAGGGAAAAGACGAGAUACAAGAGAACAUUUAUACGCCAGCGAUACAGCGACACGUCUCUUCAUGGCUUUUAUUGAAGUUCUACUUCUUAUUGCUUUAUUGCUAUUCAUACUAUGCUACAACAUCAACCGUAUCCUAGGACUCCCACCUGGACCUACUCCAUGGCCACUUUUGGGGAAUAUCCCUCAAUUAUCCGCAACCGAUACUGACAAAUGUAUUAUGGGAUUUAAGAAGAAGUAUGGGAACGUGUUUACGCUUUGGAUGCCCUACCCUAAUGUGAUUAUAGGAGAAUAUGAGGCUUUAAAACGUACUAUUCUCCGAGACGGAGAUGCAUAUGCGUGGCGGCCAAAUCUCUUCAUCAUGCAGCUUCUUGUCCAGGGGAAUUAUGGAUUGGUUUUUGAGGAGAACGAAUGGUAUCGUUCGCAGCGACGUUUCACUCUUCAUACGUUAAGAAACCUUGGCGUGGGAAAAGCCGUUUUAAAGGAUGCAAUCAGUACCCUAUCACAUCGUAUCGCAGACGACUUGAGACGUACAAAUGGAGAACCUAUAGAGCUCAAGCCCUACCUCACGGAUGUUGUUGGCAAUAUGAUCAGUCAGUUGACGUUUGGUUUUCUUCGAGAUGACAACGAGAUCAAACGUAUUCAGUCUCUUUUCAGCGAGGUUUUCGACGAUUUCUUUGAUCCGAAGAUGCUGUUGUUGGAUGUUUUUCCCUUCCUGAGACAUUUUGAUGGGGUCAUUGGAUUCGGGUUAAAGAAACUAACCCAGGAUAACGACUUAAUUUUUGACUUUAUUCGAAAGCAGUACGAGGAGCACAAGAAAGCGAUCAACUACGAUCAGGAACCGAUGAAUUACGUGGAUGGGUACCUUCAUGAGUUGCACAGGAGGGAAAAGGACGGGAUGCAAGAUGAGUUCACCGAGAAACAAGCAACGGCUGCGAUUCUGGAUCUAUUCGGCGCUGGAGUAGAGACUACAACUACCACGUUGCGAUUCUGUUUCCUCUAUAUACUUAAUUAUCCGCAGAUACAGGAGAGAAUUCACAAAGAAAUCGAUGGAAACGUCGGGAGGGAGAGGGAUGUCACUAUGGACGACCAGAGAGUUCUACCUUAUACGUGUGCAUUCAUUCAGGAAGUUUUUAGAGUUGGAUAUAUUUUAUACACAAAUUUGCCUCAUAUGACCGCCGGUAUGGUAAAUUGUGAAGGCUACAAACUUCGAAAAGGUACAACGAUCAUUCCACAAUUCCAGUGCGUUCACAUGGAUGAAUCUAUCUAUCCGCGACCAGAACUAAUUAUUCCAGAGAGACAUCUCAAGGACGGGCAGUUUGUUAAGGACGAUCGCAUCACCCCUUUCGGCAUGGGAAGGAGGUCAUGCUUAGGAGAGAGCCUUGCUAGGAUGGAGGUGUUCAUGUUCUUCACAUCACUGAUGCAGAAAUUCCGUUUUGAACCAGACGGCCUAUAUCCUCCAGAGCAGGUGCGUCACGUACAACCCAAGGAGAUUAUUGUCGGCUCAGAACGAAAUGAAGCACGGUGCAGUUGCGUAAGCAGCUGCGCUCGAAGCAGCGAGCUGGAGAUAGCGGUUGGACUCGAGGUGGGACCAUCGCGAACUACAGCGAUAUUUGGUGCUCCAAGAAAGGUUCCACCACGAUACAAACCGCAAAUCCCUGAACCUUCCUCCCCUCCCUUCCCCCUUCCUGUACCGCUCCGAGUGCAGCCGCUUACGUAA